AUGCUAACUGAGAACAAAGCGCCCACUUUUGGGACCACAACCGACGCCAGACUCGACUUCUUCUUCCACAUCACAGAAGACGCCAAAAGAGACCUAACUCUGGAUCUGUUGAAGAAGUCGUGGAAACAGCACCCGUUGGACACACUGAAGCUGAUCGCGUAUCUGAGGGACUGUCGCAAUGGGAAAGGCAUCCGAAAUCAGUACCAAAUGUGUCUGUCAUUUCUGUUUUCGCGCCACUUCAAGACACUGAUGGCUAAUAUGAAGGAAUUGGUGGCCUUUGGCUAUUGGAAGGAUCCGCUCGUUCUGCUGAUGGUUAUCCUCUUUGACUUCAUUCCCGACUAUUUGGCCAAAGAUGACGGUCGCAGACGAACCACUCCGCGGGAGCCGAAGAACUCGUUUCCCAAAUACGAUAGACUCGUCUUAAGGGGUCUCCGAAAAGAUAAACUUAAGCGCAGGAAAGAGAUGCAAAGGAAGGCUAAGGAGGCGCUGAAGGGUGGCUCAGGGGGUGAGACAACUGAGUCAUCAGAUGUGGAGAUGUUGGACACAGAGAAUGAAGAGGUCGUGCAAACGGUUCCCACCAGAAGUCAGGCGUUGAUACAAAAGCGAAGAGAUUUCGCGCGAAAGCGCUUUGAAUGCGACCACAAAUUCCGCGCUCUUUUUGAUGAAGUUGUGGAUCUGUUCGCCAAUCAAUUGGUGUCCGAUUUGGAGGCAAUGGCUAGAGAUGUGAAAUCGAUAUCACUGGCGGGGAAAUGGGCGCCCACUAACGGACACCACUUCGAUAAGUAUCUCUCUAUAAGUCAAUCGAUUGCCACAGAGUUGUGGCGGAGGAUGAAAAAGGAUGAGCCGAUUGGCGACACGAAACUCGUGUCCGACUUCUAUCAGAAGGAAGUCUGCGCUCCUCUUCGCAAAUAUCUGAAGAUUCCUGAGGUGUAUAUGGCGUCCAACAAGUGGUCAGACAUUUGGUACAAUCGCGUUGCGUCCAAAUGUAUGCAAAAGAAUAAGUCUUUGUUUAUAAAACACGAUAAACCGAGGUUUGAAGAGUACUUGAACUCCAAGACUACCAUUUCUGGCGCUGUCCUAAAGCCCGUGGAAAUGGUGCACAAUGCGUAUCAGUAUUCUGUGGUCACUCUCGGGGAGCUCGAAGACCCUAAUUUUAAACUCGAGAUGGAAGUGCUGGAGAAACAAUGGCUCUCACUCUGUGAGGACAUUAAGAAAAAGGGCGGAGGUCUGUUUGAUAAUGCGAUCGCUGUGUGCGAUGUGAGCGGAUCCAUGAACGGGACGCCUAUGGAUGCGGCCAUUGGUCUCACUAUUCUAGUCAUGUAUUUAUCGCGAGAGCCGUGGAAUUCAAUGUGCAUUACUUUCCACGAGAGCCCAUCCAUCCAUGUGGUGGACCCUAAACUGACUUUCAUAGAGAAACUGCGAUCCCUUCAGAACAUGAGUUGGGGCGGAACUACUAAUUUAAAUCUAGUCUUUGAUUUGAUUCUGAAUAAAGCAGUGGAACAGCGCCUGACGAACGAUCAGUUGCCUAAAGUGCUGAUUGUGUUCACGGAUAUGGAGUUUAGCACUGCUUUUCAUGGCGCAGAUCUCACUAACUUCGAGGCCGCUAAACAGCGGUUUGAGAGGAAAGGCUAUAAGUUGCCGCCAAUUGUCUUCUGGAAUCUGAGAGCUUCGCCCUCAACGCCCGUCCAAACCAAUGAAUUGGGAGCCGCACUGCUCUCGGGUUACUCCGGACAACAGCUGCAACUACUCCUCAAAACGACUGACAUGGAGAAGAUAACCCCCUUUUCGAUGAUGCGAUCGGCUAUCGAUAACAAGCGCUAUAAUGGCCUUAAAAUUGUUGAUUAAACUAUGAAUUAAGUGAUAAUACAAUUUAAUUAACCUUUAAUAAUAUGAUAUUAAUUUGUUAUAAAUUUCAAUUAAUCAUGUAAUUAACACACGCACACAAAGUUAUAAAAUUAUAUUUUUAUAUUUUCUAUUGAAUUGUUUAAAUUAAUAUAAUGAG